AUGUGGAACAAGAUCUUUAAAUCAAAGUCGCAGAAGCCUCAGCCACUGGCCAAAAUCAAUAAGCGGCACAGUAGGGGCAUCUACGAGGAGUACCAGCAACUCAACGAUUGCUGCAUUAACGUAUUUGAACAGCAGCCGCUGAAGAGUUCUUUCAACUCAUUGCAGCUUAUUGAGGCGCAACAAUCACUGCCGCAACAGCAACAGCAGCAUCAGCAGCAACAGCUGUCCACAUUUUCGCGCGUCCGCAAUACGUUUUCCCUCAAACGCAACAGCAACGGCAGCAGCAGCAGCAGCAAUAAAGGCAAGAAAAAUCUGCCCAAUGCCAAGUCAACCACAUUCAACACGGAGGCCGAGUUGGAAGCGCCCGAAUGCGGGCAGGAGGAGGAGCCCUCUUCGCCGCCGCUCACCCGAGGACUGCCGCUGCCCGUGCCCGAGAUAGUGGCCAUCAACCCCAGCGAUCUGACGCCCUGUCCGUGCUGCAGCCGCACCUUCAACUUGAAUGCCCUGCGCAAGCAUGUCGUCGUCUGCGAGAAGAUCUCAAAGAAGCGCAAUACCUUUGAUUCCUCGCGCCAGCACCGCGAGGGCACAGCACUUUCCACGUAUGUCCUUCCCAAAAACUUUGGCCUGCCCAAUGCUGAGAAGGUGUCUGGAGUUCACACCCCCACCGCUGGGAGUCGGGAUCCCGUAGGCACGGGAUCCACAAUACCAACAGACAGUGUGGGCUCUCCUCUGCCCAUUCGUCGCAACUCCCAAACCGAGCUGGUUCGCUCUACGGCCCGAGCUUCCGUGCGUAGAGCAGGGGGCACAGCAACAGGAACAGGAGGUGCUGCAACAUCGCCCGCAGGCGACCCAAACCAUGUACCAGCCUGCGAUCGCUCGCUGGCCAAGCGCAUCAAGGGUGUGGCCUCCGAGCACUGUCCCCACUGCGAGCGGAACUUCAACGUGAAGGCCUUCGACCGGCAUGUGGAGUGGUGCAAGGAGAAGGCGAUUCAGGCCACCAUGAAGCUGACCAACACCCAGGAGACGUCGAAAGCAAAGGAACGGCUGGACGCCAGGAAGCAUACAGGCCGCCCAAUCUCAAGACGAAGCGCUCGAUCAACCGGAACAAGUACUCCGGAAACCACGAGGAUCUGCUGGACGCCGGCGACAUGACGGCCCCCAAGCAGAGCCUGAUGUCGCUCCAAUCUGCCAAUCAAUCGAGCCAUCGCUCAACUCCUUCUCUCUCUCUCUCUUUCUCUUUUUCUCUUCUGGAUGCUGUUGCAUAUUCAGAGUGUGGGCUCUCCUCUGCCCAUUCGUCGCAACUCCCAAACCGAGCUGGUUCGCUCUACGGCCCGAGCUUCCGUGCGUAGAGCAGGGGGCACAGCAACAGGAACAGGAGGUGCUGCAACAUCGCCCGCAGGCGACCCAAACCAUGUACCAGCCUGCGAUCGCUCGCUGGCCAAGCGCAUC